AUCACACGCGGUGCUUUCUGCGGCGAUUAGAUUUCAUAACCCUAAAGCUAAAGUGCGCCGGGUGUGAAUUUCUCCCCAGCAGGUCUCAUCCCUUCCUUUCGCGGUUCUGAGUCAGUAGUACGCCAGGUGCGCCCGAUAAGAACCUGUCCCACCCUCACCCUCUCUGCAAACCAGCUGAACAAAUUCAAAAUCUAAGGAGAGAUUGAAAAGCCAAACCUUAAUUUCUAUUCUUCUUCAUUUUGGGUCUGUGUGGAGGAAUCAAAACCCUAGAAAAUGUCGAAACGGAAAUUCGGAUUCGAAGGAUUCGGCAUCAAUCGCCCGGCAACCUACAAUUUCGAGCGGUCGCAAGCCCCGCAGAGGCUCUACGUUCCUCCUUCCUCCCGCUCCGGUAGCCACGACAACUACGAAGACCACGACCUCGAUAACAUCGACUACGCUGAGGGCGAUGACGGCCCGAAGGAUCGCGCUGAUGGUGGCGAUGAGGAGAUCGACCCGCUCGAUGCGUUCAUGGAGGGAAUUCACGAGGAGAUGCGGGCGGCCCCACCGCCUUCGAAGGAAAAAGAGAAGGCGGACAAGUUCCGAGAUGACGAGGAGGAUGACGAUCCGGUUGAGAGCUUUCUAAGGGCGAAGAAGGAUGUUGGAUUGCAGCUGGCUUCGGAGGUUCUUCAAGCUGGGUAUGAUUCGGACGAGGAGGUCUAUGCUGCGGCGAAGGCAGUCGAUGCAGGGUUGAUCGAGUAUGAUUCGGAUGAUAAUCCAGUGGUUAUUGAUAGAAAGAAGAUUGAACCGAUCCCACCAUUAGAUCACACUAGCAUCGAUUAUGAGCCGUUUAACAAGGAUUUUUAUGAAGAGAAAGAUUCCAUUUCAGGAAUGAGUGAUGAAGAUGUCUCCGAAUAUAGAAAAAGUCUUUCUAUACGUGUUACGGGUUUUGAUGUACCCAGAGCAAUUAAGCUGUUUGAAGAUUGUGGAUUUUCUACUGCACUAAUGAGUUCUAUCACAAAACAAGGCUAUGAGAAGCCAACUCCAAUACAGUGCCAGGCUCUACCCAUUGUGCUCUCUGGGAGGGAUAUCAUUGGUAUUGCAAAAACUGGUUCUGGAAAGACUGCUGCAUUUGUGCUUCCAAUGAUUGUCCAUAUCAUGGACCAGCCUGAAAUUGGGAAGGAAGAGGGUCCGAUAGGAGUGAUAUGUGCACCCACGAGAGAAUUAGCUCAUCAGAUAUAUUUAGAGGCAAAGAAAUUCUCAAAAUCCAAUGGUAUACGAGUUGCUGCUGUCUACGGUGGAAUGUCUAAACUCGACCAAUUUAAAGAACUUAAGGCGGGUUGUGAGAUAGUUGUUGCUACUCCAGGGAGAUUGAUUGACUUGCUAAAGAUGAAGGCGCUGACAAUGCUGAGGGCAACUUACCUAGUUCUUGAUGAGGCUGAUCGAAUGUUUGAUCUUGGAUUUGAACCACAAAUAAGGUCCAUUGUUGGUCAAAUUAGACCUGAUCGUCAAACCUUGCUUUUUUCAGCGACCAUGCCAUACAAAGUCGAACGGUUGGCCCGAGAAAUUCUCGUUGAUCCUGUAAGAGUUACAGUGGGAGCAGUUGGAAUGGCCAAUGAAGACAUUACCCAAGUUGUUAAUGUAAUUCCUUCUGAUGCUGAGAAGAUGCCUUGGCUUCUUGAAAAGCUGCCUGGAAUGAUUGAUGAUGGAGAUGUUUUAGCGUUCGCUUCAAAGAAAACUACAGUGGAUGAGAUUGAAUCUCAGCUUAUUCAGAUGGGGUUUAAAGUUGCAGCUCUUCAUGGUGACAAAGACCAGGCUUCUCGAAUGGAGAUCUUGCAAAAGUUCAAAUCAGGAACUUACCAUGUUCUCAUUGCAACUGAUGUUGCUGCACGUGGGCUUGACAUCAAGUCAAUUAAGACAGUUGUGAACUUUGAUAUUGCUAGAGAUAUGGACAUGCAUGUACAUCGUAUUGGUAGAACAGGUCGUGCUGGAGAUAAGGAUGGGACCGCCUACACUCUUAUCACCCAGAAGGAAGCACGCUUUGCUGGUGAGCUGGUAAACAGUUUGGUUGCUGCUGGCCAGAAUGUGUCUGUGGAACUGAUGGAUCUCGCUAUGAAGGACGGGAGGUUCAAGGCCAAAAGGGAUGCAAGAAAAGGAUCUGGUGGGAAAAAAGCUGGAGGGAGAGGGAAGGGGGGUGGCAGUGGCAGUGGGCGAGGCGUCCGUGGUGUGGAUUAUGGCCUUGGCAUUGGCUAUAAUCCUGAGUCAUCAAGCACACCAUCUCAUACCGUUCCAAAUCGAUCAGCUGCCGUUAAUGCACUGAGGACAGGGAUGAUGGUACAGUUCAAGAGCAACUUCGUAGCUGCGACACCAACAUCCGAUUCUCAAAACGAGGGCAGAAAUAACCAAAGUACAUUUGCCAGUAAGCGGCCAACACUGCCUGGUUUUGUGUCCGGUGGUUCGAUAGGUGGAGAAGCAUUGAGACAACAGACAAGUAGUUUGUUCAAUUCCACUUCUAAGCCGGGCGGAAACAUGGGUGACAAUUCUAAAGAAAAUGGAAGUCAGAAGAAGCCCGAAAGUUCCAGGGAUAGGCCUCGGGAAAGACGACGGCCCUCUGGUUGGGAUCGAUAAAGGCCACAGAUGUAAAAGUAUAGCCUUGAUCGAGAAGUUAUACCUGUUAUUAUAAUUGUAGGAACGAUCUCUGCUUUGUAAUCUGGUGCUUGUCUACUCGGCUAUUUUUUUCUGCUUGAUGCUGCUCUAUGUUGCAUUUUCCA